UGCCCUUUAUAAAAUGCCUACCUAGAUCCUCUUGUUUUAGGAGAAAGAAGAUAGGCUAUUGAGGAAUUUUGUGUUUGCUUUCAACUGAUUAAGGUAAAAGAAGGCAGCAUAAAGUCUAUCAAAUUGACUCAUCAUGAAAGAGGGAUGUUGUCACACAGGGGUAUAUGUGCUGGCAAUUGGCAUUAUCACAAGUGGCUUUAUAUCACUGAACGCUUCAGCUGCUAAAAGUGGAGACAUUAGACUUGCAGGAAGCAGCAAUCCAAACCAGGGCCGAGUGGAAAUCUACUUUGGUGACCAGUGGGGGACAGUCUGUGAUGAUAACUGGGAUAAGAAUGAUGCUUUUGUGGUCUGUCUGAGCUUGGGCUAUGCUGGUGCCAAAAAUGCAUAUGUAGGUGCAGCAUUUGGCAAAGGUUCUGGGCCCAUUCUGCUUGAUGAUGUCAACUGUCAGGGCAAUGAAAGCUCACUGGCCAACUGCAAACACAGAGGAUGGGGUGUUCAUGAUUGUCAACAUUCUGAGGAUGCUGGUGUUGAAUGCUUGGAACCUAAAUCAGUUUCCAUUGUAGGAAUACCGUCCACUCUCCAGAUGUAUGAGUUUGAUCGUUCCAGUGACUUCUCCAGCCACCUAAAUAAGCUAUAUGACAGCAAACUGGGCUGUGACUUCUACUUCUUGAUCAACGCACCCAAAAAUAGCAGCAGUUUAACAAUCUGCACACACAAAUUAAUUCUCUCUAUGAAUUCUGAGUUAAAGUUCCUAAAGGAAAAUGAUGCUAAUAAUUAUUCUAUGACAGUAGAGGAAGAGUGCCUACCUUACAUCGAUGACUUUAUCAGGUAUCUGUAUUCGAGACAUAUUAAAAUCACUUUACUGUCUGCUCAAUGUAUUCACAAAAUGGCCUCUUCAUAUGGUGCCAAAGAACUGCAGGAAUAUUGUGGCCAGCUCUUCUCUCAUCUGCUACCUCAGGAUCCUACUUUUAAAAGCCAGGUUGCCUUCUAUAACUAUGCUCUUGAAACUGGUGAUGCCCUGUUGGAAGAACUUUGCUUGCAGUUCCUGGCUUGGAAUCUUGAGGCCUUCACAAAAUCACUAGCUUGGUUUGACUUGAAUAUCAAGCAGCUGAGAGUACUACUAGAGAGAUCAGACCUGGUUAUCCCCAGUGAAAUAUUUCUCUUAAAGGCCUUGGAAGCAUGGACCCUCAAAAGAAAGAUUAGUGACCCAAAGAAUGUUUCAGAACUCCUUGAUUGCAUCCGAUUUGCUAUGAUGCCACCAGAUGUUCUCUUUGAAGCUCAGUUGAACUUGACAUUAUAUGAGACCCAUGAGGAUAAGUUUCACUCAAAGUAUGUGCAGGCUUUAAUUUUCCAUACAGUGCCUUUCCAGAAACUGAAGCAGCACACUGAUCUGUCUAAAGAAGCAUAUACCCCUCGAUUGUAUACAGAUACUUGGGGCUACCUUUAUAAUUCAUCCUAUCAGCCAUCUACCAUUGUUUUAAGAGCUACAGGUCACCAUGAUUAUUUGAGGUAUGGUAGUUAUUCCCGCUACCAGCAUCAAACAGUUACUUCCAACCCCAGCAUCACUUUCACAACACCAAAACAUAGCAGCUCUCUGUAUAAAUCAGAAACCAUGUCUUGGUCUGUUUCAUAUUACUCUUCCUCUGAAAGCUGCAGGAAUUUGGGCUCUUCAUGCUCUUAUGAUACAUACCCAGUGUUGCUUCUUUCACCACAAUCAUACACAGGCUCAGAUAUUCAGUAUGAAAACAAAGCCCUCAUGGUCUGCAAUGGGUUCUAUGUUUCAGAUGUUCAAGAUUUCAAGAACAAUGUUGCUGUUGUUCCUCAAAAUGGCUCCCAAUCAGUCUUUCCAUGUAGUUCCAAGUAUUCAGUUUACAGAUACAUUGUGAGGCCAGUUUAUUUCAGGAAGUAACUAUUUUGUGGAUUCUUGCAAAACAGUUUAAGUUAAGGAGUACAUUGCUUUGCAAAUUUCAUUCUUUGAUUAAUGGAGUUGAGGACUACAUUGCUUUGCAAAUUCCAUUUUUUGAUUAACAAAGUUGUUUCUUGUUCAGGCAAUAUCAUUUUACCAUAAAACACUUACCUGUAGAGGUUUUCUAUUUCACAGCAAGAAUAACAUACUGUGCAAAUUUGUGGUGUGCAAAACAAACCUAACAAGAGCACAUAGUAUAAUGAAAUACCAUUCUUUUCUAGAAUACCACUAUAAUUGCCUGUAUAUCUCCAGGUUAUGUGUGUUAUACAGAACAAGAUAUACAGACAGAAGAUCCCUUAAGAAUUCCAGAAGAAUCUAAUAGAAUAUCUGCUUACCCCAGCCUUUGUUCUUUAAUAUGUGUAUAAUUGCCUACAUAUCUGAAUACCUGCCUUACUUUUUCCUCACUUGUCUCCAUUGCCUUCCAAACUUAUAAAACAAUGAUACCCAGUUUCUUACUUAUCUUUCUCAUUUUAUCCUUCACAUUUAUCCAUUUACCUAUUAUUCUAAAUAUUACAUGUGUUUAUGCUUUACAAUUUUGUUUGCUAUUUUUCCUUUUAUACUGCAAUGUAUUAAAUAUAUACCUGCUUAACCAUGUAGCAUACAUUUACUGAGAGUUUUAUUGGCUGUUAGCAAUAUUAGACACUAAUUUGCGUUGUUGUAACUAUGAUUUGUGACUGUUUUUGUUGUAUUUUAUAUAGCUUUGCACAGUUUUGUAUUCUAUAUGUUCAUACAAUUUGUCAAAUCGUUUCAUCCCAGGUAUCCCCUACAAAUGUACUUCUGGUCUGUGGGUCUUUCCUGGAUAAUGAAAAUAAAUAAAUAAACACAUUUCAGUCAUUCAGAAGUAUUACAAGACAUUUAAAAUGGUGUGUGUUGCAGAAUUGCUGACAUAAUUCUGAACUAAUGACCUUCAAGAUCUUUCACAGAAAACAUGGUGCUUGCAUGAAGCAUACAUAUUGCCAUCUGAUUUUAAAGAUGAAAGGUAUAACUUUAUUAAAAACAAAAAUUAAAAUGAAA